AUGAGCAAAUUUUGGGAAAUCGAAGAAGAUCGAUCUUCGUCUAAAUAUUCCGUGGAAGAAACCCGAUGUGAGGAAAUUUUUAUUCAGACGGUAAAAAGAGCAAACGAUGGUCGGUACAAAGUUGGUUUGCCGAAAUCCCCCGAAGCUGUGGCACGUCUUGGAGAUUCUAAAUCUGCUGCUUUACGAAGGUUGCUACAGUUGGAACGGCGUCUAGGUCAAAACGAAUCGCUGAGGAGCGAAUACAAUGACUUCAUGUCUGAGUAUUUAAGUCAUGGUCAUAUGAAAAAGGUUAUAGAACCGAACGAUAAUAUUCCCCACUUCUAUCUUCCCCACCAUCCGGUUAUCAAAGCUUCUAGCACUACAACACGUGUUCGGGUUGUGUUCGAUGCCUCGGCAAAAUCAACAAAUGGAGUUUCCCUCAACGACGCACUUUUAAAUGGGCCAGUUAUCCAAGAUGAUUUGCGGACGUUGAUUAUUCGAAGCAGGUUUUUCCCAUAA